CGGAAGCUGAAUUUAAGACCCCACUUCCACAGAUCUCCAUCCAUCUUCUCCCUCACAAGGAUUUUCCUGCUCUCAACAGAAAAGAUUGUGAAAGAAGCUUUUUAACUCUUUGAAGUAAAAUCUCCUGUCUCAUUCAAACAUUAUUCGAUUACAGUGACACAAGGCAGAUAUGGAUUAUCUGGGUAAAUAUAAUAUGCAGUAAAAAAGGAUAACAGUGUGGUAAAUAUGGUAGAAACAGUGAAAAGGCAAGUUAAUAUAUGGUUGUACUGUCAUUCAUAAGCAGAUAAAGGAAGGAGAGCAUUCCGCUUUGUCUAAGAGAGAGAGAGAGAUCUAUCUACUAUCUGCUUGCUUUCACCUCGCAUUGUUAUUUCUGGCCGUCGGAUCUUGAAACAAAGUUUUUUGUUUAAAUCAUCGUUGUUGUUCGUUGGUGUUUGUGGCAAUGGCGGCGGAGUUGGAGGUGAAUGGAGGUGAGGGUGAGGUGUCAUUAUCACCGAAGGAUCUGUGUAACGGUCAUGCGACCAAUGCCGACAGCUCUUAUGUUUUUGUUAAUGGAAACGACGUCGUUUCUGAUGGUCCUGUUCAAACGGAUCUCAAUUCUGAUUCCAAUUCAACUGUUGAACUUGAGCUGACUAAUGAACAAUCAAAGGCUGAUAAUGAUAACGAUGAAGGGGAAAAGAUUGAGGCUUCGGACGUCUCGGAUUCUCUAAUAUUGGUUUCUAAGGGUGAUGUGGUUCAGGAGAAUGAACAGUUGAAAAGUCGGUCGGGGGAUCAUGGUUUCAAUGUGGCUGUUCCCCCUGGUGAACUUGGCCCAGAAGCAGCUUCAGGUCCUGUGGCUGAUUUUAACUUGGAAACUCUAGUUGUUAGGGAUCCUGCCACAGAUGAAACUGAACAUGCUGAGGAAACCGUUGUUGUUAAUGACUUGGUUUGUGACAGUCAGAAAACAACAGUCCAACUGAAUAAUACCUCUGAGAUUGCUAAUGGAACCCCUUCUGAUGUUCCUGUCAGUGUCAAUGAGACAACAACAGAAUCUGAUGCUGAUGCCCCUGCCAGCAUCAGUGAGACAAGAACAGAACCUCCUUCUGUUGAGUUAGGGGCUUCUACCACUGAUGAAAAUCUUCCAUCUGCAGAAACAGAAACGGAAGCCCCAAAGUUGGAUAUGGGAAUUAGUGAAACCCCUCAUUCUUAUCCUGUCAACAAGACAAUGGUAGACAAUGAAGUUGAGAAUAGUGAAACCGUUGUUGUUAAUGACUUGGUUUGUGACAGUCAGAAAACAACAGUCCAACUGAAUAAUACUUCUGAGAUUGCUAAUGGAACCCCUCUUGAUGUUCCUGUCAGUGUCAAUGAGACAACAACAGAACCUGAUGCUGAUGCCCCUGCCAGCAUCAGUGAGACAACAACAGAACCUCCUUCUGUUGAGUUAGGGGCUUCCACCACUGAUGAAAAUCUGCCAUCCGCAGAAACAGAAACAGAAGCCCCAAAGUUGGAUAUGGGAACUAGUGAAACCUCUCACUCUUAUCCUGUCAACAAGACAAUGGUAGACAAUGAAGUUGAGAAUGGUUUUGUUGGAGCUGAUGACUUGGGACCAGACACUGAGAUUGGAAUUGCUUCUAUAGUGUCAGAAGAGAAAGCAUCACCUUUGACAAGUGAUGGCUCCGAUGUAAAGUCUAAAGUCUUAGGAGUCCCUCAAUCUAUUGACAGCCAGACCACCCCUGUUGACAAUGCAACCAUAGAAUCCAGUAUAAGUGGCUCUGAAGAAAAAGAAAGCAGCUUGCCUACAUGUCCAGGUGCUGAUGUGAUGGCAGGGUCUGAAAUUGGAAACGUUUCUGCUGUGAGUUGUGCAGAAAUGCCCAUUGGAGAUGUUUCUGAAUCAGAGGUUCUUGGUGGAUCUGUCAUUAGCAGUCAAGUAGAUGAAGAAUCCAGUGUCAGUUGUUCUGUAGAAACUACCUGUCCAGGUGCUGAUAUGGAAGCAGGGUCUGAAAUAAAAAAUAGAUUGGUUGUGAGUUGCACAGACAUGCCUGUUGCCAAUGGUGUUGUUUCUGAAUCUGAGAAUCUGGACCCAGAAGUUUUACAUGUUGAAAAUGGGGGAACUCUGUCCCCUGUUGAAGAAAAGGGGACUGGUGUGGAAGAACUAGAGGAAAGGGGGAGUGAAGAGAUUGAAUUUAAAACAUGUCAAGAAGUAGAGGAAAAGGGGAGUGAAGUGGUAGGUAAAGCAUGUCAAGAAGCAGAGGAAGAGAUUGAUGAUAAAACUUGUCAAGAAGAGGAAAAGGGGAGUGAAGAGAUUGAUGAAAAACCAUGUCAAGAAAAGGAGGAAAGGGGCAGUGAUAAAAGUAAUGAUAAAACAGGAGAAAUUCAGUUUGCCAGUGAAGGAAGUGAUGAUACAACACAUCAGGAAGGCUUAGAAAUUCAAGAAUUGAAGGAGUUAAGUGGUGAAGAAAAGGUGGAAAUUCAAGAAGUGGAGGGGUUAACUGGUGAAGACAGGGAUGAUAAUAUAUGUCAAGUAGGGGAGGAAAAUGAAAAUGUAGAAAUUCAGUUUGGACACCAUGGAGCUUCUCAAGAAGAGGAGAGCAUUGAUGGGACCCACAGGGAUGAAAUACUAGCAUCUACCCCAGAAGGCUCAGUCACUGAUGCUUCUGAAAUGCAGAAUGCAGGUGCUGAGGUGGUGAAAAGACCAUUCUACUUCUUGGUGAAGGUUCCAAGAUACGAUGAUGAAAAUUUAAGGGAACAAAUCAAAUCAGCUCAGUUAAAAGUUGAUGAAAAAACUCAAAGUCGAGAUGUUAUUCGUGCUGAAAUCCAAGGGAUAAGGGAUGCUAAUAAGAAAUAUGGUGAUAGUAUAGAAGUUGCUGUUCUAGAAGAGAAAGCUGCACGAGAAUUGCUCAAAUCCAAACGCCAGGAAAUAGAUUCUCUUCAAGUUAUGAUUAACAAAGUGAAGAAUGCAAUUUCUAUAGAGGAUAUUGAUGGGAGGAUUCGUAAUAUGGAGCAUAAGAUUGCACAUGAAAGUCUUCCACUGAAGGAAGAAAAGCAGUUUAUUCGUGAUAUUAAGCAAUUGAAGCAACUUCGUGAACAGUUCUCUUCUAGUAUGGGUAAGCAGGAUGAUGUUAAGCAGGCUUUUGACCAGAAAGACCAAAUUGAAGAACGCUUGAAGCAUCAACAGUUGUUGAGGAAGGAGGCGGAUUCACUCAGACAGAAUGUUCUCAAAGCUGAAGCUGCCACUCAAGCUGCCAAAAAGAAACAUAAAGAUGAAAGUGAAAAACUCAAGAAAUUGUAUGCUGAAUUCAAUGUUGCAGAUGAAAUUCGCCAGGAAGCAUAUAAGCAUUUGCAGAAUUUGAGGAAACAAGCAUAUACUAAGAACAAACACUUUUGGAAGUACAAGGAUGAUGUCAAGCAAGUUAAUGAUUUACUAUCAAAAGGAGAGAAAGAGGAACUCCAACAUUUCUGUGUAAAUCAGGUGGAGAGAGUGUUGGAACUGUGGAACAGCAACAACGAGUUCCGUAAAGAAUAUGUGAAUAGCAACAUUAGGAGCACACUGAGAAGACUGAAGACGUUGGAUGGUCGUACACUUGGUCCUGAUGAGGAGCCACCUGUAUUUUGCCCCUUUGUUAAUAAUAGAGUGACCAAGGAUAAUUCUGUGCCCCAGAGUUCAACUGCUAAAGAAGCAAAGACAGAAGAAAUUGUGCUGGUGGAAUCUGAAAAAAAGGAUGACAAGCCUCUUCCUAUAGUUGGGAAACAGAAGAGUCAGAUGGCUAAAUAUAAAAGACCAGCAAAACCAGCUCAUUCAGCUAAUGGCCUGGCAAGAGAUGAGAUUGAAGAAGAAAGAGAUGAAGAGCCUAGGCGCACAAAGGAGGAAGAGGAAUUGGCCAGGAAGGCAGAGGAAUUGAGAAAGGAAGAGGAAGCAGCAAGGUUGAAAGAACAACGUCGGUUAGAGGAGAAGGUAAAGGCAAAGGAGGCUUUGGAGAGGAAGAAACGAAUUGCCGAGAAGGCGCAAGCCAGGGCUGUACUUCGCGCUCAAAAGGAAGCAGAACAGAAAGAGAAGGAAAGAGAAAAGAGAGCAAGAAAGAAGGAAAAAAGAAAAGUAGCUGCAACAGAUGACUCUGAUCUUUUGAACAAAGGAGAAUCCGCUCCAAGCACAGAAAUGCCCUUGGAAAUUCCUCAAUCUUCUGAAACUAGAGAAAAGUUGGUAUCAGUGACAAAGAAGCCUAACAAAUCAGCACAAUUCACAAAACAGAGCAAGACAAAAUCUAUCCCUCUGCCUCUUAGAAAGAGGGGUAAGAGAAGGAUGCAGACAUGGAUGUGGGUGGUGAUUUCAGCUCUUCUUGUUGUUGCCUUGUUUUUGUUGGGGAACGACAGCUUUCCAUCUAAAUUUGGGCUGAAACAGUUUGGCUUCUAAAUACAUAUUCAGAUUAACUAGCCAACUGGUGUGAUAUAUAUACAUAGAUAUGUAGGCAAGCAAUUCUUUUUGUGCUCUUCUCAGGUUUGCUUUCUCUUAAUCCUCAUUCCAUUAUUACAAGUGCCAUUUUUCUUUCACACACAAGCCAUAGUUGGUUCUUGUCCUAACAUUAUAUAAACAAAAUUUAUUGGGUAUUGCUUCCAUUUAACAUUAUAUUUAUAUUUAUUAUUGAAUAUAAUAGGCAUAAUGAUUUUCUCUCUCUCUCUCUCUCUCUCUCUCUGUGUUGUGAAUCAAAUGUAGAAUUUCUGAAUAUACAAAAUUGUACAACAUAAUUAUUAUUAUCAUGCGAUAUGAUAAUGUUGGUGCUCCGUAUGGUGAAUUUAUUGCUGCAAAAAGUCUGUUUCCCUUGUAUUUGAGUUUAGAUCAUAGAUUCCCUUGUUAUGUUAAUGUGCUUGGUUUGGUUUGGUUCGGUUCACGCAUCUAGCGGAUUAGAUGUUGGAGGCAGCCCGAGAAAUCAGAGCUCUUAAUGUUUGAUCUCGACCGAAUUCUGAGGGCUGGUGGCGUGCUCCAGUUGGAUAACUUCUGUUGUGCUGAUGAAAAAAGCGGAACUGGGUCAAGGGGGAAAAGGCAGAUACUGGAAAAUUUGAAGUAUUUGUCGCUGUUCUACAAAAGCCUGUGAAUGUUUCAUGACUAUGAUGAGACUGGGAAAAAGAUUAAGCAUACUCUUUAAUGUUUCUAGCCUUAUUGGCACAGAAUUAGUGAUAGUUCAUUGGCUUAGAGAUCCUCAUAAAAUUCAUUUGAAUGUGAAAUAAGUGAUUCCAUUACAGAGGCGGGGAUGAUAAUCUGUUCUAUAUUUGAAAAAGUUUUAGGUGAAAGCUAUUUAUAUUUUUACUUUUUGAA